AUGUCUUUUCACGCCUCCGUUCUCCGAGCGGGUUCGAAAGCCGCUUCAUCGUCAACCACAUUCAUUUGCACUCAAUGCAGAAACGCAACCCUUCUCCGCCGUCCUAAGAGACCAUAUACAUUCACACAACUCAUCGCACUCUCUGAUGGAAGCACAUUUACCCACCGCACCACAUCUCCUCAAGCUGUCUACCGAUCUACACGCGACACCCGCAAUGCGCUGCUAUGGAACCCCAGCAGUGAAAAACUGCUAAAUCUUGAAGACGACGAGGCAGGUCGAUUAGCUGCUUUUAGAAGCAGGUAUGGACGAGGGUGGGACUCUACUACGAAAAUCUCUGCAGAGGAUGCAGCUGCCGCCGAGAAUCUUGCCGGUGCCGAAGUUGGAACUGCGGCUACGCCUCAACAGACGGCUAAGGCACUCGAGAAGGAGAAGAUCGUGGAAUCUGAGUUUGAAGAAGAGGAUGAGGAUAGUUUGUUGGACUUAAUUAGUUCGUUUGGGCAAGAAAACCCUUCUUCUGGAUCAAAGAAGAAGUAG